UAGAGGCCUUGCUCCAGAGACACAAGGCUUCGCCAGGUCAGUUGGAAGCUGACAACAUGAGGCUGAGUCUUGAAACAGUGUAACAGCAGUAGCCUCUCUACCACUUCGUUGGGCUUACUCUUUCUAAGCUUAUCUUGGCUUCUACUUGCCUCAUCACCAUGUGGCUAUCGUGAGUCUUUGGUGUCUACUUCAGACACAACAUCAAACCGGUGGCGGCUGGCUAUCCGUCAAGAACCAACAGAGAAUGGCAGACUCGGUCUCUGACUGGUGCAGCUUUGACGCUGUUGGGGAAGACAUUGAAACAGGGAUGCGGAACCCAAGCGGCAACCUGCGAAUCGCGAUAUGCAGGGAGAGAGCCUACUAUCAACUGUGUCAAGUUGAGCCCCGAAGGCGUUAAUCAAGUGUCUCUUAUGAGCAGCCACCAGUCUCAUCUCGACAUAACUCUACAAGUGUGAAAGAUGGGCCUUUUCACAUCUCAGCUAGAAAGGUGGAAUGCCCCGCCUACUACCUUGGCCCAACCGCCCGACCUAACUCUCUUCCAACAGCCCACCUCCAACACGCAGAAAGCCCAGCGACUCGCCGAAGUUGCAGAAUUUCCGAAUGCGGAUGCGCAAGAUAUAUCGUCGUGGUUACUUCAAGCCUUCAAGCCCUUCCCAGCGGCCAACCACAGCGAGACGCCAAACACCCUCCGGGCGAAGGGUGAUGCUAUUUUUGGAUCUCGUGGUUGAACACCACAUGCUGAGUGGGCGCCUUCACGGCUAAACCCGCCAUUCGGAGACCUUCGUCAAAAGGAGACAGCGGACGCCAUGUGUAAGACAGACAGCCUGAUGCCAUCUUAUAUUGGUCGAAGCAUUGUGGCAGAUUCGUCCUACCAACGGUAUCACGAGACAAGUCAGCUGGCUUCACUUUCUCAAUUCUUACCUUUUCGAGGUGCCGGCUUACCUAACCCGGACACGACUCGGCACCGAGUCGGAAUACGACAAGAAUGGACACCCGGGAGUUGGGAAUGUCUCGCCAGCGCUAUUUCUGGACCUUGCGAAGUUUUCCCAUGGGCCAUGAGUCCAUGACUGCUGGAGACCUUCCCCAGUAUUUCUUGCUUCAUCUAAGCAACGGUCCCUUGGAAGAUGCCCAUAUUUACCCCGACUGAAUGUUACAGAAUAAGGAGCAGUGACGCCAAAAAGCAGGGAGCGAUAAGAGCUCUGUGACAGCGGAUAAGGAUCAACAAGAAAUUCUCGAGUCUUGAUCCUUGGCACACAGAGGGGCGACACGGCCGGUACUCGAGCAAGGAUAGAAGCUCGUCGACGGGCUACGAGAACGCGGAAGCCUCAUCUAUCAGAUGAAGCGCCAAGCCGGCAGCACCCUGCGCAGAGGGAGGAACCGUAGUCCCCUACGCGUGCGUGGCCGUGUUCGUGCCAGGAGCUCUCUGUUACCGGUGCUGUUUGAGCCUGGAAAACUUCAUCAUGAUUCCCUUUUCAGGAUGAACUAUGUGGCCGUGAACUGCUUGGACAAGUCGGCAACUGAUGAGAAGAUAGCAACGGGGUAUUUUGGCGGCAGUUUUGCUCCGAUACGAUCAAACAGAUGACGAUGCCCAUGUCUCUCCCUCGGUGAAUCACUGCCGUCUUGUUACCGAAAACAGCGAAACCCUAGCUCUCCGGCGGCCUGCUGUUGGACUGUUGGACAACGCUCCAGUGUUUCCAGUGGUCCCCUGGAGGCUGGCGGGGGGUUCGCCGGGUCUCUUUUACAAGGACUUUCUGGCUUCCAGAACGCGCUCCUGGCCAGCUUUACCUGCGUACCCUGCGUCAAGCCGGCCAACAGAAGACACAGGCCCUGGCGACGUCACUGCAGAUGGGCCACUUGGCAGUGCGCUGACACAGCCCGUGCCCCCUAUCAAGUCUGCAGCGCGCAGCCAGCAUGGGGGGGCCCUGGCGUGGAAUUGUAGAUGGGAAAUGGCAGUUGUGUAGUGUGUGAGGUGGGCAGUAUCACCCCAGAAAACCCGCAUUUCCCACCUCCCGGAUCCCUUCUUCACUGAGGUGAGAGGAGUUGGGGUACCCGGCCGUAGCAGUUGGGUAGGCCAAGCCAAAGUUAACAAAGACACGCUCGGCGCCGCCAAGGUUCGACACAUUCCAUAUUGUCGUUCUAGGCGAUAUCACUCGUCAUUCCGAAAGGUGGCCCACCCCUUUCUCUUUGGAACCGAUCAAUACCGGUACAUCUACAACCUCUUCUCGUCCGAGGCUGUCCGCAGGUCCAUCUACGAUCCCCUCAAGACUCAUCUUCGGCGUCUUACCCGCGCCAUCUCACUGCUGCAGAAAGUCUGUGAGACUGGCACGGAUCCCUCCUCGGAAACGACAUGCAGCAGCCGCUAGUUUAGCCUCAUUCUCUCGCGUUCACUCACUCGCAGUCUCGCUCCUCCUGCUGCUUUCCCCCGCUCGGCUUUGGGCUCUUGUCUCCCGAAGCAGAGCAGACAGCUACCCACGGUGGCUCUCACGUGGGAUCGCGCAGCGCCGCCGCAGCCCGCGGGACCAUAUGACCUCGAAACAUGUUCACCCCUCCUUCGACCCGUCAUGGAGACGAGGAACUUCAACUGGCGGAGAUACUCUGCGCCAGUUGCCAUCGCCAGCAUGAUCCUAGCGGCCCUCUCCGUCGUCCUCUACUUCAACAUUCGUGAAUAUCUCGCUGUUCGAGAUGGCGUCCGAUUUGAUGCCAACUUGCCGAGGGUCACCGUCGAUCUCGGCUACGCGAGGUAUUCUGGGAAUUCGCUCCCGAGCGGCGUGAACCAGUUUCUGGGAAUGCGGUAUGCGGCGCCUCCGAUAGGAAAUCUGAGAUGGCGAGCACCUCAAGAUCCUGAGCCGAAAGAGGGCACGACAGAUGCCAUCGAUUUCGGGCCCAUUUGUCUCGGGACGGAUGUGACUUAUCCUACUUCAGGUCAAGACGAAGACUGCUUAUACGCCAACGUCUGGUCGCCAACAAACACGACGGCUGACUCGAAGCUUCCUGUAUGGUUGUUCAUUCAAGGCGGUGGUUACACCUCAAAUGCCAAUCCAAAUUGGAACGGCUCUCAAGUUGUAGAUGUCUCGGGCAAAAAUGUUGUCUUUGUAAAUUUCAACUACAGAGUCGGACUUUGGGGAUUCCUGGCGAGUGACCGGGUUCGAAAAGACGGCGAGCUGAACGUGGGACUCUUGGACCAACGAUUAAUGAUGAAAUGGGUUCAGACUCAUAUAUCAAAGUUUGGAGGUGACCCAAAUCAUGUAGUCAUCCACGGCCUCUCAGCCGGAGCAGGCUCGGUCGCCCUCCACCUCGCAGCUUACGGCGGACGCGACGACAAGCUCUUCAUAGGCGCCAUGUCCGAGUCGGUCUUCUUUCCCGCGCAGCCUCGUGUUCCGGAGCUCGAGUACCAGUUCAACCAGACGCUGGCCAAGGUAGGCUGCACAGAUGAUAAGGAUCAGAUGGGCUGUCUGCGCGGUAAAGACAUCAAAGCGAUCCAGGACGCCAAUAUCGCAUCGCCGUUUCCGGGGAGGGCGGCAAACCCGCACUUCUACUGGACUCCGUGUAUAGAUGGCGACAUUCUACAAGAUUACCCGUACCGGCUCUAUGACAAGGGUUCAUUCAUCAAAGUCCCCGUCCUCUUUGGGACAGGAAGCAACGAGGGAUCCGUCUUCGCCGCCAACGUCGCAACCCAAGACGAAUUCGUCUCCUUCAUGACAGACAACUACCCCAAACUCACAAAGAACGAAACCGACCCGAUGCUGCAAAAGUACCCCCUGUUGCCGCCGCUCCCGAACCACAACGUCUGGUUCCCGUCCACCAGCCAAGCCUACGGCGAGACGACCUUCAUCUGCCCCGCCAAUACCAUCAUGAACGCCUACGCGGCCGCCAACCGCUCCGGGACGAGCUGGUCCUACCGCUUCAACGUCCAGGACAACGACAACACGGCCUCCGGCCUCGGCGUCCCGCACGUCUUUGAGGCGCCUGCCAUUUUCGGCAUCGACGCGUGCCCGACGCCCGACAGUUUCCGGACGUAUAACAAACCCAUUGUCUCGCUGAUGAUGAAGUACGUCAUCUCGUUUGUGCGCGAUCUCAACCCCAACACGUAUAAGCUCGCGGGUGCGCCAGACUGGGGCGAUUGGGGACGGAAUCAGUCGCGGUUCGUGUUUGAGUUGAAUAAGAACCGGAUGGAGAACGUCGAUGAUGGGCAGAGGGACCGGUGUAACUUUUGGAAGGGGAUCGUGGAGGUCAUGGAGCAGUGAGAGGCGUUUUUCUUGGAUAUAGAGAGUGCCGCGGACCAUGGAUAAUGAGGCGUUUGCAUCUGCUGGGUUGGCCUUCUUAUUUUUCUUGUGCAUACGAGUAGAUGGCAUAUCGGGUUGAUACCAGCAUUGGAUGAUAC